CAUGUUUAUUUCCAUCAAUGUUGCUUUUCUUGGCUUGCAAAAUGUGAUGGGCGAGAAAUGUUUGGCUGGCCAGUUUCGGAACCUUCAGGUACGAUCAGCUGGCAAGCCGGUCCAGUGUCUCCACGGAAAGCGGCUUGCUCACAACCUCCACAUGCUAUGCAAGCGCUGUCCACGGCAUCUUCUACCCAGUCCGAGUCAGCUCCUGUGCUUUCACCGGUGGCAGGAACAACUGAAACAUCUUUGCCAGAUGGAGUUUCCAUCAAUGGGUUGUCUGAAGUCCCAUCACAUGUUACUGGAAGUCCGCGAGCAGCCCUAAGGAACCGAGACAGAUUAGAUGUCGUUGUGCCAACCCCAGACACUGAACAGUGCUUUCAAAGUGUGACGUCAAAGCGGCCUGAGAGGGUGGGUGAUAAAUCGUGGGAAAGGCGUGGUGAGUCUUUGGGCAUGCCAAGCUCGGUGGUGAGUGGACUUCGAGCAAGUAUGGACCAGGGAAGGGCGGUCACUCCCGCAGGAGAGGCUGAAUUCCAUGUGCGAAGUGCAUCUGGAAUCACACUUAUGAGGGAGCGGUGUCCGAGGACAAAUGGGUUUGGAGUCUUUGGACCUGAAACACAUGAUUCAGGAUGUGCAUCUGGGCCAGGAAGAGGGUCAUUAAGAAGUUCGAGGACGGCAACGACUACAGCCACAAAUUCUGGUCGUGGUCCUGAUGAUGAGCGGAAGUUCUUAGAUGUGGGGAUAAGAAGAUAUCCAGCAGCAAAUGGACCAAGUCUGUGCAGGCUGCCAGCCGAUGUGAGAGGAGAGAGGCAGUGCAGAAAGGUCUGUGUCCCUCAUGGGAUGUUUGGGGCAGAUGCUCCCCUUCAGCACUCGCCAGGUCAUGCUGACAGUUCAGCCAACAUGAAUGAUCCACGUUCGAUUUCUUUUUCAAGGGAGCGGGAGUCGGCUUUCAGCCAGUCUGCAAAUGUCACACAGGGCACAGGAGUUUCCAAAAACAGGCCAAUGGGGCUGGAUGUCAACGCCUUCCUUCCGAAGGGACGUUUCUUGGUCAUAAAUGAGGAGAGGCCGGCAGUCAAUGAUGUGCAGUUGAUUGAGGAGUUGAUGCAGCAGCACAGCACUGUGGCAAGCAUAAUGCACACAAGGUUGACGAAUGUGCGGGAACAGACUGUGGCAGUGGCCAUGCUGAUGACGAGGUGGAGGGAGGAGGAAGAAGAAGAGGAGGAGGAGGAAGAAGAAGAGGCGGAGAAUGAUGAUGGGAUCACUUAGUGGUUUUGAGCAGAUAUUGGAUAAUGAUGAUUAUUAUGCUAAACUCUGAAAAGGAAAUCACCACAAUGGUGAUGGUUCAUGGAAGUAAAUAUGACAAUGAUGU